AUGAAUCCUGCAAUCCGCCUGGACGUGAACGCACUGCGCACCGAUAUAACAGCCCAUGGCAGCAGACUACAGAACUUAGAGGCAGCAACGCACACCAUGUCAGAGCAGGCGAAGACCUCCACCCUGGUAGUCACACGACAAGGUAACAUGUUACUUGCCCUCAGACGCCAGACGGAGGACCUAGAUAAUAGGGGCCGUUGGUCCAACAUCCGCAUACGUGGGCUCCCUGAACCGCCUGCCAAGGGAGACGUAGAAGCUACCCUGACAGAUCUCUUUCUUGACAUACUGGGACCAGAUAUGCCAGACACCCUGACAUUCGACAGAGUGCACAGGGCAAACAGGCCGUGCAUGGCGGACAACACACCCAGGGAUGUAAUAUACUGCCUACAUCAAUACAGACACAACGCUCACGUUGAAGGCCCACAGGGCCAUGCGGCCUAUCACAGCACUACUUUGAGAUCAGGGCAUCCUGUACAAAUGGGGAUUUCCUUUUGCCCUACUAGCAAGAAACCAGAAUGA